AAAAUAGUUGGUUUCUAACGUAACACGUUCCAGUAUUCUCAAUACACAACACUCAGACAAAAUAUUUUUUUAAUAAGCACACCGAAAUAAAACACACAACAAUUUUAACAUUAAACCGACAAUAAAAUGGAAACCCCAAACCAAUACCAGAAACGAUGCGAACAACAGAAUUUGAUGAACACAAUGAAAGAGCUUCAAAGAGAAAACGUGAAUAAAAGAAUAAAUUGUGGACAGAUAAAUCCCGAAAUGGGUCCUAAGAAGCGUACGCCUUGUUGUACACUGUCGCCCGUGACGCCGACUCCCCUGAUCAAGACCAACGUCUGCGAAAGACAGAGAUUACCGAGUAGAAAUCUUUGCACCACUGUCCAAAACGAAUGUGACAGACCUGAACUGACUGCGUAUGGAAAAGAGUUUAUGGCGAACAAUGGAAAAUUGGUUACGAAGUGUGUGUGUGUAAAAUUCAACGGUCUUCAAGACUCGUGUCGGCAUCCCGGGUGCUACACCAAGGAUGGAUGCUUGGACAAUCCGUUCCCAACUUGUCCACCAGCAGAACAGUGGAAACUCGAUUACGCCCCAAAAAGCAAGAAAAACAAUGGAUGCUGCAACUAGGAACCAGCUAUACACUAUACCAAACACCUACUUACACGAACACUACACAAAACGUAAGGAACUGCAGUAACGAUAUAUAAACCGAGACGCAAAAAAUAUUAUGUCAUCUAAUGGCUAAUAUUCGUAUCAAAAUUAAUAUCAAAAAUAAACGUAUAUCAAAUUUUUA